GCUAUCGCCGUCGUCGUCGUCGUCGUCGUCGUCGUCGUCGUCGUGGUCUUCUCCUUCUUCUUCUUCUUCUUCUUCUUCUUCUUCUUCUCCUUCUCCUUCUUCUUCUUCUUCUUCUUCUCCUUCUCCUUCUUCUCCUUCAUCAUCAUCGUCUUCAUCAGAAAUAGCAAUAACAACAGCCCCAAAAAAAAAGGCACAGAAUAUAAAUGGUUGAUUUUAAGCGCAUAAAA